AUGGAAGGCCAAGCAUCAGACUGGCAAGAGGUGAGCGGUCCAUCCGUCUUCUGGAUCCUCCUCACUCUUGGCAUAGCUGCUGCAACUCUGCCGUCCACGAGAAGCAAGAUGCUAGGCCGCAGCAUGAAUUUUGGUACCAGUAUCGAUCCCCUACGUUCGAUGCCAUGGGUCUGUCUCGCCGAUGCUAUAUUUGACCUCAUCAUUGUAGGCGAGGCAAUUCGCCACCACAUGUCCAAAAGAGAGGAGAAGGAGCAUCGUGCAGAGCAGACUGCUCACGGAGAGCCAAAUUUAAUCAUGGUCAAGCUUGUAAUGACUAUUCUUGCGGUCCUGCCUCAGGCGAUCAAGAUUUUGAGCAUGCGCGGCAUCCCGGUCUCUCAAAUCUGCGCCUUUGUGUUUUUCUUCGCCAUCGCAACAAGUCUCAUCAUAGAUCUCUGGAUUCCUGCCGCUGAAGAACGUUAUCCGGCCAGAGUAGGACAUUUCGACGAUAGUAAAAGCCAGCCCGUAAUAGCAUGCCUAGCACUUCUCAUUUACCCGUGCGUGGUCAUUUCGGAGCUAUGGACAUGGUACAAUAUCGCCCGCUUGUCGUCGUUUGAACAGUCCGCCAGUCUCAAAGAUCUCAACUCUUGGGUGACCCUUGCCUGCUGUCUGGGCUUAUUGAUGCAGCUUGCUGUUUCGGCCAUUUAUUUCUGCAUCUCGAGUCAGCGAUUCGCUAUUUCAAAAUAUCCUCGCAUAGUCCCUCUAUUUGGGAUAUUCAUCUUCUUCGCCAUCCUGAAAGGGGUCGCAGAGUCGCCCAUCGAAGAAAAGGGUUCUACGGCGCGUAUCAUCCCAGUCCCCUUGUGGCUGAAACGAGGAAGUUACUCCACGAGCCUGAUGUUCUGUGCGGCAAUUGUUAGCAACAUUACGGCCGUGCUGAUUCAUGCCUUUGGGAUGCUCAUCGCUGGAAAGAGAGGCACGGUUCAGCAACCCAGCGGCCAGGAUAUAGAGUCAGCAACAGACCAACCCGCACCCACAGCGCAGUUAAGUGAGUCGGAAAAGCCACAGGAACAAGAUGGUAAUGACGGCUCCAAGGUUAGAUGGGCGAUAUCCUCUGUUGUGUCAGGAAUACGAUGCUUGCCAACGUUAGGUCACCGUAUUGACCGCUGGCUAUGGAGUCUUUUUAUUUUGCCAUCGGCCGUGAGCUUUUUUGCGUCCUUGACAAUUUUCAAUUUAAUUAGAACUGUGUUGUAUUAUCUGGUAGUCUUUGAUGGAGGCGGAACUUCGAGUCCGACGUGGAACAGUGUCCUAGGCUAG